AUGUCUCACACCCCAUCCCCCAACUCCAAUAAGCCCUCCCCAUCCAUCUACCCAUACCGCGUCUCCCCCUCCCUCUCUCCCAACCCCAUCCCCCAACCACACUUUCCCAUCGUCCCCGCCACCAUCCUCAACACCAACACUCACCACCCCCAACUCCUCUCCCGCACAGCAUCAGGAACCCUCUUCGCCGCACCACACUCUGCUUACCCCGACCUCCCCCCUAGUCUGGCCUUGCAUGCUGGAUAUGUGUGCGGUGGUGCUCGCGUUCAUGCGUUUCGUGGGUUGCGUCGUGUUAGGCGUACACUGUUGUCAUCACCGCCAACCCAAUUGCCAUCCCCAUCACCACAAUCACCACCCCAACACCCACCUCACCCCCUCCCCUCCCCUUACAUCUCCAGCAAAACUGCCCCGCACAUCGCAAAUACGCAUGCGGUCUCGCCCCAUGUGCAGACAGAGGUUGUGUCGUUUGGCUGUGUGCUGGCUGCGCGUGGUGUGCUGGGGGGCGAUGUUGAAGUUUGGCGAAGGAGUUGGGUGGCUGUUUUUGAGGGGGAUGAGGAUGAGGAUGGAGGACUGGGAGAUGUUGGGGGUAGAGUGGUGGAUGGGAUGGGUGAGCGGGAUGGUGAGAAGUCUGAGAGAGAGGAUGUGUGGGUGGUGGUUGGGCGGGAGUAUGGGGGUUUGUGA